AUUUCUGGAUUGUGGCUGCUUCCCGACGAGCUGUGCGAGAACACGGACUAACCAUGUCGUCCCUGGUCAGAAAGGUGAUAAGCACUGCAAAAGCCCCAGCGGCCAUUGGUCCCUACAGUCAAGCUGUGCAGGUCGACAGGACCGUUUACGUUUCAGGACAGGUGGGCUUGCCCCCUUCCAGUGGAAAGCUUGUGCCAGUAGGGGUAGUAGAAGAAACUAAGCAGGCUCUUACAAACAUGGGUGAAAUUCUGAAAGCUGCAGGCUGUGACUUCACUAACGUGGUGAAAACAACUGUUUUGCUGGCUGACAUGAACGACUUCACGACUGUCAAUGAAAUCUACAAGCAGUAUUUCAAGAGUAAUUUUCCUGCGAGGGCUGCUUACCAGGUUGCUGCUUUGCCCUUAGGAAGUCGUGUUGAAAUCGAAGCAAUAGCUGUCCAAGGACCUCUCUCAAUAGCCACACUCUGAGUGCACCCUGUGUUGCCGAGUCUGGAAUUUUCACUAUGCCUUUGACACAUUAAUUUUUAUAAUUGGUGUUGGAAAGUUGAGUUUGGCUAAAAUAUCCAAAGUUAUUAUGGAGAUACCUUGUUAAGUGAGAGAGUUGAACAAGAAUUAAAGAUUAGAUAAUGAAUCCA